AUGUCGGUGAGAGACAAGAACCCGGAGGUCUACGUCCGCGGCUACCCCAAGCGCGUCGACUCCGAGGAGCUCAGGCAUAUCUUCAAGAAGCACGGCAAGAUACGAGAGAUCCAGUUCAAAGGGCCUUAUGCGUUCGUGGAGUUUGAGGACUACUACGACGCAGAAGACGCAGACUCUCGUUCAUUUGAUUCAUCCGGAUCUUCAAGCGAGCGUUAUCGCAAGAGGCGCAGGCAUCGACGGAGGCGCAGCAGUUCCAGCCGCAACAGUCAUCCCAAGAAAGACGAGCGGCGGCGCAAGGAGCGGGACAGCGACCGGGACCGGGACAGGGACCGUGACAGGGACAGAGACAGGGACAGAGACAGGGACAGGGACAGGGACAGGGACAGGGAUAGAGACAGGGAUCGGGAAAGGGAACGGGACAGGGAUAGAGAAAGGGAUAAGGGAAAGGACAAGGACAACAAGGACAGCAAGGAGAACAAGGACAAGUAA